AUGCAAGAUCAUGAGCUUGAUGUUGCUGUAGGCGAACGACAUGACAACAGGACAUCCUACCAGCAGCAGCAGGAAAGGGUAAUUAAACCACCCAUAUUCUCAAACACAAAGGGGAGGAAGAGUAAGACGCAAGUAGUGAAAGCAACAAAAGCAGCAGCCAAAAAGCCGCCACGCCCCAUCAGGCGCGUGGAAUUUGGCCCGGACGAUGCCAUUGUCAACAAGCAAAAGCUGCAGAAGCAGAUUGGAGCCGCCCAGGUUUCUACCAAUGGAGACGACACACAUAACAGCUACCCUGCCGCAAUGGGCAAGGAGGUCAGUGGCGCUGAACAGAAACAUGGCAAGGUCCAGAGUUCCAAAAAAUCAAAAGAAGAGGAUGAAGAAGAAGAGUUUGACGAGAAUGACGACCAAUCAGACGAAGACAAUGAAGAUGACAGUAUUGGGGACGAGGAAACUGAGACUGACGAUGAAGCUGCCAAGGCUCAACCAGGAAAGAGCGCCGGCAAGGGACAACAUUCGGGGCCAGUUAGGAGGAGCUCAAGACUGAAGAAUCCAUAG